AUGGCUUUGGUUGUGUUGAUUCUGCUUCAGCUCCUUUUGUGGUGGCCACCGCCGACGACGGCCAUAUCAUCAACCGUGUCAACAGCAAAAACCGGUUGUCAAAAAAAAUGUGGGAGUGUCACCGUUCCCUACCCGUUCGGCUUGGAUGACGAUCCAAUAAGCUGUUACAGAGAAAGGUUCAAGCUACACUGCAACAGAAGUUUGGACCCUCCCAUACUGUACAUCGGUAACAUAGAAGUUCUAGAAAUAUCGUUAUUACCGGCCCAACUGCGCGUCCUAAACUACAUAGGCUACGAUUGCUACAACAGUACUUCUGGUAAUGACAAAGGCUUCCCUUCUUUCAAAGUGAAUAGUAGACCCUUCACUUUCUCCGACACCCGCAAUAGAUUCACGGUCAUUGGUUGCGACAAUUUUGCUCGCAUUACCGGCUUUAACGGCCGCAACUUUACAAGUGGAUGUUCCAUGAUUUGUAACGACCAACAAAGCGGCUUUAUUAACGGCUCUUGUUCAGGCAUUGGCUGUUGCCAGACUUCCAUCCCCAAGGGUUUCAAAAGCUUUAAGCUGUAUAUUAAUAGCUACCAUAACCACACCGACGUCUUGGUUUUCAACCCAUGCGCCUAUGCUUUCCUGGUUGACUCUGAGUGGUACAACUUCUCAGUGUCCGAUCUUGGGGGUUAUAUGGAUUUCUAUAAUCGAAACAGAGAAAACGUUCCAAUGGUGCUUGACUGGGCGAUAGAAAACUAUACGUGUGAAACUGUUUCAAGAAUCGACCCAUCUUAUGCUUGCCGCAGCAACAGCCAAUGCUUUAACUCUCCCAACGGUCGUGGAUAUCUCUGCAAUUGUUCUCUGGGUUAUCAAGGCAAUCCUUACCUCGAUGACGGAUGUCAAGAUAUAGACGAAUGCGCUGAUGAAGCUAUGAAUGAAUGCAAAUCUCCUUUAGCGGUUUGUACUAAUACGCCUGGGAGUUAUACCUGCUACUGUCCAUCUGGAACAGUGGGCGACGGAAGAAAAACUGGAACUGGUUGCACUGCCAUUCAAGGGAAGCGAUCUCCGGUCAUGCAAAUCGCUUUAGGAAUUAGCUUUGGCAUCUUGGUUGUGCUAUUUAUUGGCUCUUGGAUAUACUGGGGAAUUGAAAAGAGAAAUCAGAGCAAACGCAAGGAAAUGUUCUUUCAGCAGAAUGGAGGUCUUUUGUUGAAGCAACAACUCUCUUCAUGUGAUGGAAAUGAAGAAAUUGCAAAGAUAUUCACUGAAGAAGAGCUCAAAAAGGCAACAAAUAAUUAUGAUGAGACAAGGAUUCUGGGUCGUGGUGGUUAUGGUAUAGUAUACCAAGGAUUUUUACCCAACAAUAGGAAAGUAGCCAUUAAGAAGUCCAAAAUAAUGGAUGAAAAUCAAGUUGAGCAAUUCAUCAAUGAGGUAGUUGUUCUUUCUCAAAUUAAUCAUAAGAAUGUAGUGAAGUUGUUGGGUUGUUGCUUGGAGGCUGAAGUUCCACUGUUAGUAUAUGAGUUCAUAACUAAUGGAACCUUAUUCCAUCACAUUCACGAUGAGGGGCACAAAUAUUCAAUUUCAUGGGAUGAUCGUUUAAGGAUUGCUUCAGAAACUGCGGCAGCACUAGCCUAUUUGCACUCUGCAGCCUCUCCUCCAAUUAUUCACAGAGAUGUUAAAUCUGCAAACAUACUUUUGGAUGAUAAUUACAUGGCAAAGGUGUCAGAUUUUGGAGCCUCAAGAUUAAUUCCAUCGGACAAAAUUCAAGUUACCACAUUAGUACAAGGGACAUUGGGGUAUUUGGACCCAGAAUAUUUUCAUACAAGUCGAUUAACUGAGAAGAGUGAUGUUUAUAGUUUUGGUAUCGUUCUUGUGGAAUUAUUAACAGGAAGAAAAGCUUUGGAUUUUGACAGACCUGAAAAUGAGAAGAACCUAGCUACCCAUUUUGUCACAUCCAUGAAAGAAGAAAAUGUUUUAGUGAUUUUGGAGGAUAGAGUCCUGCAAGAAGCUAGCGAGGAUCAACUUAAAGAAGUAACUAACCUUGCAAACAGAUGUCUAAGUGUGAAGGGAGAAGAAAGGCCCACAAUGAAGGAAGUAGCAAUGGAAUUGGAAGGAUUGAGGAGGUACAGCAAACAUCCAUGGGUAGAACACAACCAUGAAGAAGCUGAGUGUUUGCUUGGCCAGUCAUCGAAUUUACAUAGUUGCAAAGCUGAUGAAUAUGAUAGCUUAAAGGAUCGUGUUGUAAUAUCAUUAGAUAGUGGGAGAUGAUUGCUUUACAUUACA